AUGAAGUUGGAUUCAGGAAUAUAUUCAGAGGCACAACGAGUCGUAAGAACCCCAAAGUUUAGAUAUAUCAUGUUAGGGCUGGUUGGUGCUGCUGUGGUACCGACCGCAUACAUGAGAAGGGGCUAUACGGUUCCUGCACAUAGCUUAGACAGAAUCAACGGUGUAGACACAACUAAGAUGUCUAUAACGGGUAUGGGGCAGAGGGAAGCUAUGACGAAGGGCAAGAGUUUACAAGAAAUGAUGGAUGAUGAUGAAGUGACGUAUCUGAUGUUUUCUUCAAUCAUGUAA